GUGACGAAUUGAAAAUGAAUUGAAUCAGCUUAUCGAAAUGAUUGUGAUAAUCAAGACCCUAGCAUUUAAUUAAGUGCAUAAACCUUAGCUAGGUUUACAGCAAUGUUAUUUUUGAAUCGGUGACAGAGAGGUUAUUCUGUGCGGAUUAUUGUUUUGAUAAUUUAAUGGGUUGUGCUGUAUCGUGCGUAAAUCAAACGACUAUGUUGUUGUUUGGUAAGAAUUCUAAUACUAGUGACUCACGAGGUAAGCUGGAGAGGAAACUUUACAUAGCUAAAGAGUCUCCAGAACCGCACUUCGAUUUGACAGAUUGCGAACUACGACAAGUCCCUUCUGGAAUUUUUUCAAUCUGCAAAGUGUACAGAAAAGAAUAUUUAUAUUUACAAGGGAACCGCCUGCAUUCGUUGGAUGAAGGCGGCUUGUUAUCAGACUUGUAUCUUAUCAAAGUCCUCAAUUUAAGUUGCAAUAAAUUCUCAAAGUUGCCUAAUGAUAUUAAAUUUUUAGUAAAUUUGACUGAAUUACAUGUCCAUAAUAACUAUUUGGAGUUCAUACCAGAUAACAUAGAAUACUUGCAAAAUUUGAAAAUAAUAGAUAUUUCAAAAAAUAGACUAAAAAAGUUGACUCCUGCACUUGGCAAGUUAAAGAGACUGAGAAAGUUAAAUAUCAAUAAAAAUGAAGAAUUGAACGAACUUUGUCCAGAAUUAUGUCUAGCAUCAAAUAUUGUAACUAUCGAGUUGGAUUCAGACUAUUUUAUUUUCCCUCCACCACAUGUUAUUUGCCUUGGUACUCCAGAAAUUAUGAAAUUUCUUUGCAAAAAAUUAGAGGUAGAAUAUACUCCUCCUUUACCAAUGGAGUCGGACCUAACUACUAUACAGGUUCCAAGCGUGACCAUAGAUCCAUUUGUAAAGUAUAGCACUGCUACAUGGGAAGAGCAAGAAGCUGCUAUUAUUGAGCAAGAAAACAAAUUUCAUGAAGCUGCUAAACAGCAGAGGGAAAGAUUCCUUUCAAAAGUUUUGCAAGAACAGCAAGAAUUAGACAGUGAAAUAGCAAAAGUUCAUGAAUCUAAAGAAAUAGAAAGGCAAAGAUUAUUAAAAGCAAUUCAAAAAGAUGAGGAAGAAAUUGAAUGUUUAGUUAAAAACUUUAUACAGUCUGAGUUUUUGAAGCCAGAAAUAUUACAACAACAGCUUGCAUAUGAACAGUCUGAACAUGAAAGAUUACUUGAAAUAGCUAGACAAAAUUAUGAUAAUAUUAAAAAAUCUGAUGUUUUAAAAGCAAUGGAAAUGCUAAUAGAGGAAGAUUACACAAUUCAAAACUCUAAAAAACACUAUGAAGACAGUCAAAGUAAUGUAAAAGAAAGUUUGCUACUGCAAGAUAUGGAGGGUACAGAAAAAUUGCAGGAUUUAUUAAAAGCAAAAGAUCAGUCCCGUACUGCCUUGGUUGAACAACUACUGGAAGAUCAGGAUGUCCAAAAGGCAGCUGUUGCUUCAUUAAUUGAGAGAGUUGAUGCAAAAAGUUGGAGUUUAAAUGAAGAAAUAGCAUUGAUUUCAUCACAUUUAGCCAGACUGAGUACAAUAGAACAAGAGAAGAAAAAAUUGCAGAUAAAUUACAAUUACAAUGAACUGAUGCAGCAAAGAGUUCAAAUGGUAACUCUGUUAGAUGAUCUCUUGGAUCAGCAGACACAAAGAAGAAAACAACUUAUUGUCACAGUAAGAGAAAUGGAAAACGAAACUGAUGCAAAAUCAACAGAUUUUUGGUUGAAGAAUUACCAAAAGUUGAUGGAUUCUGCCCCAAGAACUUUACUGGAUGUGGGCAAACACUUGGAUCCGGUUUUAGCCAACUAUUUGUUGCAAGAAGGAGUUAUACACUGUUUGCCAUUUUUGGUGAAAUUUUUGUUUUCAGAGGGAUCUUUGUUGGACAUUGACGAUGAGAAAUUGAAAGAGACUGGGAUUUCUUUACUUGUUGAUAGAGAAGGUAUUUUGAGGGCAAUCAAUGAGUAUGUUCAAGCAAAGAAUCAGAAUACAAACAAAUAUGAGAAGAUGAAUGAUGUACCAGAUGCACCUACCCCUAGUGCACCUCUUGAACCGAGCGUUACUGAACAGAAUUGUAGUGGAGUUGUCACUGCUGGUGACAGUGAUGACACCACAUAUGAGUCGGAGUGUGUCGUUUGUAUGGAUGCAAAAUGCGAGGUAGUAUUUGUUCCAUGUGGACACAUGUGUUGCUGCCUACUUUGUUCACAAAAGGAAAUUGAAAACUGUCCAUUGUGUAGAGGUGACGUCGAAAGAGUUAUAAGGGUUCGACUGGCAUGACCUGGAAGACUGAUCUUGUGUCCAGCAAUUGACAAUGUUGAAGUCUACAGAAAGCACAAGGUAUUAGACUCAAACUUUAUUUUUGCUCCAAAGGGAUAAAGCACUAAAGGAAUAUACAAUGUCAUAAUCAUUUGAUCAGUUAAAGGCUGUUUAGGUACCUCAGCCUGAGAACACACAAAGUGGUUACACAAUAAAAACAAGAGCAAUAAAUUUAAUAUGUGUAUAAUGAUUGUAAUAUGUAUAAUCAUGGCGCAAUAUUUGCUCACGUUUUUUUACCGCACUGCGCAAGUGACAACCACGAAAUGGGCGGUCUUAUGCCACGCGUGUGUUCUGUAUGUGCUCUUACUAAGGGACCUUUUUUGAUUAAUUUUAUUGUAUUUAAAUGCCUGUAUUUGGAAUAUAAAGAAAAUUAAGUAUAAAUUAUGCCCCAACUGACUAAUGAUUUAUAUUUAUCUCUUGUGUAUAGGUAACUGAUAGUUACUAACUGUAUAAAAAUAAUAUUAUGCAUUAUUAUUAUAUCUUGAUAUUAUCUGAUUCGAAAACGAAGGCAAAGGUUGAACCUUCUAAAAUUGCCAUAAGGUCUGCAUUGCAAUAACGACAUUCGUUAAGCUAAAUGGUAUGUGACAUCUGAUACGACAAAUUAUUACAACUACGCAGUAACUGCGUAGUAACCUAUUGAUACAAAGACUCGGUAAAUUAGCGAUUGCAUUGGACAAACUAAUGAAUCAGAAGCAGAACUA